ACGGCGCGAGCGAGCUGAAGCACAAAACAACUUGACGAGCGUAGCGCGAGUCAGUCAUGGCGUCCGAGAGGAUCUCCUGAAGAACAAACUGCUCGCAAAACUUUCGCCAAAAGCAUGUAACGAGCUGUCGACGAGCGCUUUAACCGCCUGAAACUGACAGAAGUAGCGAAAAAGUCGACUUUACGAGCGAGACAUGAUCGUUGAGUGUCGAGUGUGAGUUUAAAGCUAACAGAGCGCAGCUAGCACCAGAGUUUGGCGUCGUGAGCACUUUCACCAACAGUGGAAACACAGGGUAAAGACUGUAUUAUAGAGACUUUUAACACGGAGUAGUGAGAGGAGACGCUCUUUAAGUGUCUAUCCGAGAGUUUAUUCACUGUGUAGUUUGUCUGAGAGCGAUUGGAGAUGGCUCAUUCGCCGGUUGCUGUUCAAGUUCCUGGAAUGCAGAAUAGUCGAGCAGACCCUGAAGAGCUGUUCACUAAACUAGAGCGCAUCGGGAAGGGCUCAUUCGGGGAGGUCUUCAAAGGUAUCGACCGCCGCACUCAGAAUGUCGUGGCCAUCAAGACCAUUGACCUAGAGGAAGCAGAGGACGAAAUCGAAGACAUCCAACAGGAAAUCACAGUGCUCAGUCAGUGUGAUAGUCCACAUGUCACCAAAUACUACGGCUCAUACCUAAAGGGCAGCAAACUAUGGAUCAUAAUGGAAUAUCUGGGUGGAGGUUCAGCUCUGGAUCUGCUGAGAGCCGGACCCUUUGAUGAAUACCAGAUAGCCACUAUGCUGAAGGAGAUUCUGAAAGGUUUGGACUACCUGCACUCCGAGAAGAAAAUCCACAGGGACAUAAAAGCCGCCAAUGUGCUGUUGUCUGAGUGCGGGGAGGUGAAACUGGCAGACUUCGGUGUGGCGGGGCAGCUGACGGACACACAAAUCAAAAGGGAGACGUUUGUGGGCACACCGUUCUGGAUGGCCCCGGAAGUCAUCCAACAGUCCGCCUAUGACUCAAAGGCUGAUAUUUGGUCUCUGGGGAUCACUGCCAUUGAGCUGGCGAAGGGCGAGCCCCCCAACUCAGACAUGCACCCUAUGAGGGUUCUCUUCCACAUCCCAAAGAACAUGCCCCCCACCCUCAACGGAGACUUCUCCAAGAUCUUCAAAGAGUUUGUGGACUCCUGUCUUAAUAAAGACCCUGCGUUUAGGCCAACAGCAAAGGAGCUCUUGAAGCACAAGUUCAUCAUUAAAUAUGCCAAGAAGAUGUCCUACCUCACUGAGCUCAUUGACAGGCUAAAGCGCUGGAAGGCUGAAGGCCACAGCGAUGGAGAAUCCAGCUCCGACUCAGACUCGGAGCCCAGCGGUAGGGACAAUGACUCGUCUCCUGAAUGGUCCUUCACCACUGUUCGCAAGAAGAAGCCAGACAAGAAGCAGCCCAAUGGAGUGGAUGAAGAAGUGCAGAAGAAAUCUGCCAGCUUAACCACAGUCAUGAUUCCUGUGUUCUCUGAGUUGAAAUCACAGCACAGAGAUGAAGAGAUGACAAGAGGAGUGAUCGAGGAGCUGGAGAAGAGCCUGUACAUGGCUGAGGACCUCUGCCCUGGUGUCACAGAUAGAAUGAUCAGCCACAUCUUGGAGAGGGUGCAGAGGUUCUCUGUGAGUUAGUGCAGAGCUGCAUUGGGUCGAUCCGAACACAAAACCCUGGAGGACACGAGUGAGAGUCAGGUCUCCUGAUCACUGCACCUUAACACACUCACUCUGUUUCUUUCACACUCAAACACACUCUCACAUGUACAGAGAACGGAGGGACGUCGAGUUGCACAUACUAUCUCAUAACCAAAAGGAAUUUUAGUUUUUCUCCCAAAGAAUGAAUAUAUAUAUAGUGUGUUCAGUUGUAUUUAUAUCAUUUUGCCAUGUGCUUUUAUAUUAGUCUUCAGCUGGUGCCCAAGAAUGUGUGCGUUACUGUUAUUUUACUCCAUAUUUUACUUUGAAAGACACAAACUAUCCCUACUGGUUAAAUAGAUCUUCUGCAGAGCGUUAGGGCAUAUCUUUGCUUCAUAUAUCUAUAUAUUUGAUAUCCCAAUCCAGUUACGUUUUAUUUUAAAAUUUAAACUACGAUCAGUAGUAUUUAUGUGUGGGAGAUUAAACAGUGUCUUUGUCUUGGUUUGGGAUUUCUCUUAAUACGCUCUACACACUGUUACCUGUAGCAUUACAGAACUGCUGUAUGGAAUUACAUGCAUAUCAUAUCAGUCAAGCAAAUAAAAAUACCUCAGAUUAAGCAAGCAUUUUAAAGAAGAACAUUGCUCCUGGUCUAGUGUAGAUCAAGUUUAAUUUAAACUGCUGGGAAAAUGGGAGAGGAAUUUUGCUGUGCAAAAGCUACCUCCACCACUGAUCCAUAACAUUAGGUUUUUUUUUUUUUUUUAAAUUGGCAAGGUAAUUCAUUUUGAAAGUUCUAGACCUUUUAUAUACAAAAUACUAAGGGGCCCAUUUCUGUCACACACAAAAAAGAAAAAAAAAAAGUGCUUUGGCAAGUCAUAAUUAUUCAUAAAAAAUAAUAUAAUUAACUAUGAUUUUGACUUAUGUCAUGAAUCUCAUAUGUAUGACUUUCUAUCUCAUAAUUUUGACUACCUCAUAAUUUCGAGUUAGUGUCUCAUAAUUAUGACCUAUAAUCUCAUAAUUGUGACUAUGUCAUAAUCUGAGAUACUAAAUAAUUAUGGUAAAGUUGUAAUUCUGAGAUUAUUAGUCAAUUAUAAGAUACUAAAUCAAAACUGAGAGCCAAUUGAGAUUAUAUCUCAGAAUUUUCUCAUCUCAUAAUGAUUUAGUAUCUCACUGACUUAGAUGUGACUUUCUUUAAAUUAUGACUUUCUAAGUCAUAAUAAUGAGAUACUAAAUCAUUAUAAUUUUGAAUUCUCAUAAUUUGAUCUCAAUGAUUUGGUAUUUAUUUAAUAAUGAUUUAUAAGUCAUAAUGAUGAGAUAAUGAGUCAUUAAUAUAUAAUGAUCAAAAUUUCAAAAUUAUACUAAGUCAUUAUUAAAGUUAAAAUUGUGAGGGAGUAAUUCAAUUAUAUUAUAUCUUAUUAUAUUAUAUUCAAAUUUGAGAAUCUAACAAUCAUGAUUUAAUAUUUCAUAAUUAUCACAUACCAAAGCAUGCUUUUUUUUUUUUCUUCCUCUUCUUCCAAUGGGUGGAAAUGGGCUUCCAUAAAAUACAGGAAUGUCAGGAUAAGAUGCUAUCCGCUUUUGUCGCAAAAUAUUUUGCCCUUCAUUUCUCAGUGAUGCCCACUUUUACAGUGUAUUGUUUUUGAGUUAAUAUUUUUAUAUAUAAAAUUAGAGUUACUGUAUUUUUGAAGGAAAUAUGCACUUGCAAACACUUUGUAUGGGCGGGCCUGUUUUAUACUUUCAAAGCUCUCUUUCUGUGCAGACAUUCCACUUUCUAUGCGUAGAUCUCAAGGGUCAUUCUACUCUAGCCAGUGGGGAAAUUUGCAGUUAAACUUCCCAAAAUAACAGUGCAUCAUGCUUACGUUGGGGGCAGAAUAGAAACUUGGCUAUCAUGCGCUAUAAAACUGUUUUAUUUAGACAGAUUCUUUGUUUUAUGUAUUAUAUAGUUUCCUAUGAUGAGGGAUAUUUCUUUUAUUUUGCCAAGCUUGUAAAGGGUGCCAUCACUGGUAUGGUGGUGAUGUCAUAUGUGCUCCUAUUGGCUUGAAGAGACUAUGCCAACAUUACAUCACAUUGUGCCUAAUGUUCACUUCUUAAUGUAUAUGUGAUGUCUUCUCAAACAGCUUUAAAAUGAACACAUUGCCAGACUGCUGGAAAAUUUUAGAGCAAUAAAGGUGUUUAGUAAAAGUUUUUAUAAUUCUUCAUAGAAAUGUAGAUGCAGAAGCUAGGUUUUGUAAAUUUCUUCAUCAAAGCUUUUGUAAAUGAAGAUUGCCACACAAAUCUUUCAAGGCUGUACCAUAUAUAUAUUUGCUGUUCUCUUCCUUAUUUGACUUCAACUGUUACAAAUUAGUUUUUGUUUGGUGUGGCAAAUAAAGAUGUAAAUUAUGACCUUUGAA